AUGGCUGGCUCUGCGCUACUGGUUGCGUGGCUCUUCGCAGCUGCUGGCUUGAUGGCAAACUACGGCCACGCCGUACCAGGCGGUCUCAAUGGAGUGCCCAGCGUGACGUGGGUGGUCGACAAUGGCGCCGCAUCGAAAGCCAUCAUUGCUUGCGCCUACCUUUUCGUAGCAUCCUAUCAAUUGACCCGGGGACCGAUUGGCUGGGUCUACCCAUCUGAGGUCCUACCGACGUACAUUGCUCUGACCUUUUUCACUCCACCCGCGUUCCAGAACAUCCAGUGGCGGGAUGCUGUCAUACGACAAGACUACACAAAGCUCUAG